UGCCAUUCGUGCAACGGAAGAAGCCCCGGCGACGACGAAUAAGAUGCUUGUGCUUCGUCCGACGUGCUCUCCUUCGCCCUACUCGGUGUCGUGUUCUCCGCCGCGGGGGACGCUGCUCUCCUCCCUCGUCCCCACCCCUCGUCGGCGUCCCCUCCCUUUCGUCGUCGCCUGUGCUGGCCAGCCUGAAGUACGACGGAUCUGUGAAGAUGACUACCACUCCACUGUUCGAUCACUCAACUCCCGUGGUCGCCACAAACCUAGAAAGUCUCUCGGCCAGCAUUAUAUGUUGAACUCGAGUAUAAAUGAGGAGCUUGUUAAUGUCGCUGGCGUUGGAGAAGGAGAUGUGGUGCUCGAGAUCGGCCCGGGAACCGGUGCUUUGACCAAUGUUCUGAUAAAUGCCGGAGCAAUGGUGGUAGCUGUCGAAAAGGAUCCACAUAUGGCCCUUCUCGUUCAAGAAAGGUUUAAUUCUACUGACCAAUUAUUGGUUCUGCAAGAAGACUUCACAAAAUGUCAUAUAUGUUCACAUUUAACUUCAUUUUUGGAGAAGAAUCAUAUGGAAACAAGACCCACAUCCGCAAAGGUGGUUUCAAACUUACCUUUUAAUAUAAGUACUGAAGUUAUAAAGCAGCUUCUUCCAAUGGGUGAUAUCUUUUCUGAUGUUGUCCUUUUGCUUCAGGAAGAAACUGCAUCUCGUCUGGCAGAUUGUUCCUUGCGGACACCAGAAUACCGGCCUAUUAACAUUUUUGUGCAGUUCUAUUCAGAUCCAGAGUACAAAUUCAAAGUUGAAAGAACUAAUUUUUUUCCUCAACCUAAUGUUGAUGCUGCCAUUAUUAAAUUUAGACUAAAGCAAAGUGCAGAAUAUCCCUUGGUUACUUCACGCAAAAGCUUCUUUUCAAUGAUAAGUUCUGCUUUCAACGGCAAGCGCAAAAUGCUGCGGAAUUCACUGCAACACAUAUCUCCAUCUGAUCAAAUUGAGGCUGCUUUAAGCAGCAUCGGUCACCCAGUCACAGCCAGACCUGGAGAGUUAACUAUGGAAGACUUUGUUAACUUGCACAACUUAAUUGCAAAAGUUUAGCUACGUCAACCUUGUUGACUACCAAUGCAGGUGCCUCCUGGCAUAAAGACGGCCACACCUGAUGGUUGCUUGCACCUUCAUGACAUCAAUUCGAAAUACGAUAAACUAGGUUUAACUUUGUGCCAACCAUUGAUUGCUACAUGGAAGAGGUUUGUGCAAGAUCACCAUUCCACAUGGCGAGUUUUCAGAUAUAGAAAUUAGCAAGGUGAAGUAUAUGCCGUAUCAAAUGGGUAGAAUAAUGUUUUCGUAAUCCUCCCCAGUUGAUAUGGUAAACUCAAAGUCUGAUCUUCCAGGCGAAAAAAAAAAUAUUAUCAAUAGGUGCUGAAAGAGCAUGAGGAGAGAGAGAUGUCUCUGGUCUGGAAUGGAGGGAAGAAGAGUACUUUUCAGAUGUAUUUUGUUUAUUUAGUUAUUUUUAAAUCUCAAAGGUAGUGCGUCAACUACACUUGAUUCAGAAUUGUUAGAAUUAAUAUGGCUUGGUGAUGGUCAUGAUGUUUAUUCUAA